GCAACGUUUUCCCAGGGUAGCUAUUGGUCCUUUCUAACUAUAAAAUAUACUCAUCCAGAAACAGCCCAAGAUUUUUCCUUUUUGGAGGCACCCAGAAGUGAAGGAAGGUGUCAUGGAAAGGCUCGUUGUCCCCCAGCCCCAAGCUGUGGAUUCCCUUCGGCGUUUCCAGGUGUUGUUGUUGGAUAGAAGGAGCAGACUCCAUGGCCAGAUCCGGAGCCUCCAGGACAUCAUCCGGAAAAUUGAAAAGCUGCGUAAACGGUCCCUCUUGGCUAAUAUCGCAGGCAGUUCCCUGAGUGCAGCUGGAGCCAUCACAGCCAUUGUGGGACUGUCCUUGAGUCCGGUCACGCUAGGGACCUCUCUUCUGGCGUCUGCAGUGGGCCUGGGUGUGGCUACUGCUGGAGGAGCAGUUACCAUCAGUUCGGACCUGUCCUUGGUGUUUCGCAACUCCCGAGAGCUGAGAAGAGUGCAGGACAUUGCGACAAUUUGCCAAGACCAGAUGAGAGAAAUAUUAGGGUGCUUGGAUUUCUUUUGCCGGGGGCAGGGCUGUCUGGACUUCCAGCUUCUCCAGUCUGGGAAGAAGGCUUCCAUUGCUCUAUAUAAUUCAGUCUAUUUUAUCGUGUUCUUUGGCUCACGUGGCUUCCUCAUCCCCAGGCAUGCGGAGGGGGCCACGAAGGUUAGCCAGGCCGUAUUGAAGGCCAAGAUUCAGAAGCUGGCCGAGAGCCUGGAGUCCUGCACCACUGCCCUGGAUGAACUCAGUCAGCAGCUGGAAUCCAGAGUACAGCUCUAUGCAAAAACCAAACAUGGAAACCCCUGUUUGGAUUCAAAAGAUUCUCUGGACAAAUAUGGAGGGAUGAUUUUUUGAGAGCAAAGAUUUCCCCCAGAGAUUAAGACUUUGGGGCUGAGUAGGGAUGGGUACUUGUACACACACACACACACACACACACACACACACACAGUGGAAAGAAAAACAAACCCAACUUCCUGUUGUAAAAGAGAUGCAUGCUUUGGGUAUGGAUUGGAUUUCUGGGAUCCCGUGUAACUCUGAGAUUUUAUGAGUAUGUGACUUGAAAUGGGUGGUUCCUCAUAGCCCUUAUUUUCUCACCACUGUGAUAUCCUGUGACUGACAGGACUGGGAUUUAGUGCUGGAGACUUUUCCCAUGUAUAACACUAGUACAUGUGAAUGACAAUACUAACAUAUUCUAUGUCUACAAAAUGUUUUCCUGUCAACAUCAAAAGUUUCCCAGUCACCAAUGCCAGCCAAAAAGCUAGUUCAAUGUUCUUCUCUAAGUACUCAGUGGUUGAAUGUACACCCUGCAGAAUUACCUGGCUUUUCAAGAUGGCUCCAGUUGUGCCUUGGGGCUUCAGAUUGACACCAAAGAGGGUGUGGGAGACUUCUUCAGAGUCAGGGUCAGUUAAAAGGAUUCACUUCAAGUCCAAGGUAAUUGGACAACCCCAAGACAACCCCAAAGAUGUCUUAGGGAGGAAGGAAGAUCUAAUAACACCCUGCUUCUGAUUCUGAGGAGCCUCAGAGGAUCUGGAACAAAAGCCCAGUUACAGAGGCCAUUCUCCCCACACUCAAAAUAAACAAACAAAAGUCUCUUGUUCAGAAUUCAAGACAGGUACCUGGAACUAAACCUGACCCUUUGUUUUCCCUAGCUUCCUCUGUUUAAGGAUUCAUCCUGGAUUUAGAGAGGGCCACUCAGAGUGGCAGUAGACUGAAUUUACCCAUCCUGACCUAAUGAUUUCAAGGAUCCCCAAGGCUAUUGCUCCAAUAUUCAGUGUGCAGUCCAAGGGGGUCCCCUUCCUGCUACCUAUCUAUGCUGGGUGGAAAGCUCAAAGACUGUCAGCAUUCCUUGGGAUGAUGGGAAAGAUGAAAUAAGUGGGAAAAGUGGCAGGGUUAGUGUAAGGGGAAGGGAAAAUUCGUCUAAAAUGUCCUACUUUAUGAACUAAAGGAUAUGACACAUUCUACCCUGUAGAGGGCAGUAUUGCCUAUAUGUUAUAGAAACUGGCACACCAAAGAAUGUAACUAUUGAGAAACUAGCUUUUCUACCUUUUACUUCAACAUCACAUAAGGUAUUUUAUUUAUUUAUUUAAAUUUUAUUAUUUUAUUGUUUUUUAUUAUAUAACUGAAUUUUAUAGAAGUGACCUAUUUUAAUAAUCACAGGAAUAGCAAAUUUGGGAAAUGUUGCCCACCAUCACUAGCUUCAUUUCCAAGGGGUAAAGUGCUGCUGCAGCUACGUGGUUUUUGUAAAGUAGAUAGGAGAUAGGUAAAUGGUUGCUGGAAGCGGCAUCACUCCUUUUAAGGAGUCCCUUUUUGAUCUGUGGGGAAGAGUUGCUUUUUUCAAAUGUUCCUGUUAAGUAGGUAAGGAAAAUUAAAGAGGGACCAAAUAAAGGGAUGAUUUAAAAAAAAAAUAGCCUUUAGGAAGAAGAGUAAGGUAAUAUAUUUCUGAUUAUUUAAAUGAUUAAAAUAUAUGUUUACCUUUAAGGUACACAUGCCAACAGAUAAGACUUGACCUAGAAAGAGAAUGUGUUUAGUGUAGAAAAGGAUAAUGAGAGAGGAGGCAUCUACACUCAGAAAGCCUAGUGUCCUAUGAAGUUGUGUCUCAUGGUUGAUGGACAGUGUGGUUGGUGAGGUUGUAGUGAUGUGUCUUGGUUUCAUUUGGUACAGGUACAGAAGAUCCAGGUUUUUUUUUUUCUUAGUAGUUAAGCUACCUUUAAGAAAACACUUCAAGUCUCUUGAAUCGGCCUUCUAAUCAUUGUAACCAAGUACCAAAAAUAGGUUCCAAAAUACUAGGUCUGGCAAAAAAAAAAAUUGCUUACCAAUGAUGGCAGUGAGCCGAGGAAGUGCAAUUUCAAACCUUUGGGGUCUAUUUCCAAUUUUCUGAAAACUUUAACUCAUAUCUUGUUGCUUUUUAAAAUCUUGCAUCGUAGGCUGUAUUUCUUUUGCUUAUUUACAUAGGUGCUGGCAAAAUCUGGCCCUAACCUCAUUCUUACCAGUGCUUAAUAUUGAUUUAGAUUCUACCAGUGACUAACCUCUAUAUGCAGCACUCUUGGAAGCAGUAUCAAUCUUUUCAUUACACUAAGUACUUUAAGUGCAUCAAAAUUGUAGUUACAUCUUGUAUGGAUCAAUUUAUAGAAGAACAGCAUCUAUUCUGCAAUAAUGCAAUGUUUACAGUUGAGAUUCAGUAAAUAUUAUUGAAUGAAUAAGUAGCUUAAUGGCUUAGGCAAUAAGAUUAUCUGACUUAUAUGCCAAUGGGGACUUCAUAGAAAAAGAAGAUCACCCUCUUUUCCCUAUGUAAUUAUUACUUUGAAAUUUGGAAGCUCUUUAGGGCAUUAGGUAAUUUAUCCUUAGUCAAAUGUAGCUACAUAUUAAUUUCCAAGGGACAAUAAUUUUUUGUGGGAAUAUACAAAAUGUUGUUUUGGUAAGUUUUCAUUCUAUCAGAAAUAAGGUAUAAAAUGAAAUGUGGAGGGAAGAAGGGAAAGAAAUUCUCAGUUAAAAGGUGCACAUCACUAAGUGAUAUAUCUUUCAAAAAUAAACUUGUUAAAAACAAACAUGCUGAAUGUCUAAGUGAUUUUCUAAAUAUUUUUCUAGUAUUCCAUAGUCAAAGCAUUUGAAUUUGUUAUCUUUCAUAAUGCUGAGAUCUAAGCUUUGAUUCUGCAUUGUGGUGCUUCAACAAAACUGUAUCUUGCUCUAGUUUUUAAAAAAUGCAAACUAUACUGUGUGUGAAUUAAACUACCACGUUGGAGGUGAAUUAGAACAGGGUUAGAACAUAUAAUAAAUGUCCGCUUAUAUGGGAAUCAGACUGUAGAAGCUUCAACACCAUGGGGAACUGGAGGGUAUGGA